AAGCUAGCUGGCUAACACAGGCUAGUGACACAACCAGGUUGAGCUUCAUACCACUGCGUUUUCGUUUAUUUUCACACAGGUCGAGUCCACCGCUUGUAUCUUCUUGACAUUUCCCCGUCGCUUCAAUAUAUUUAUUUGACAAACAAUUCUCGGAGCCCAAGCAAGAAUAGAAAGUGACGCACAGCGAUUUUGGUAUGCGGCUAUUGAGUUCACCCGGAAACUUACUGCUAUUUUGAUGCUUAUGGGUAGGAACACGUUAGUCAUUCUGCCCUGGUUGCUAACAGAUCUGAGAUCAGCGUGUUUAACCUCGACACAAAAUUAUCUGCAUUUGGUGUAGAAUGUCGAUGCUGAUCCAGGAUCAGUUGGUAAAAAAACAACUAACGUAUAUACCUUUUCUGGGUGAUGGUACUGCCCCCGUCGGUUGAGUCAACAUAACUGUCGCUGCGUCCCGGAAACUGGCAUACUUGAGCCUAGCAUUUUUGUCAAUAUUUUGUUUUUAACUACAUUCAAGAUACAUUGCCCGCAUUGAUUAUAAGCGUGUGGAUGUUGGAGUUCAAAUGGAAAUUCUAAUCACCAGCGUUGCCAAUGAAUACAUCCGUUCUUAUUCUCUUCGCUAAAAACGCGCACGCGCCUUCGAUUGGCUCACACAACCCAACACCGUCUGAUUGCACAAAUCAAACGGGACCACGCAGUCUGCGCUGAGGGCAACAACUCUGUCACAAGGGAGGCACGUAAGCACGGUCAGGUGUUCAAGGGAGGGAGAACUGAAGUGAAAUCGAAAGUUAAACAAGGAAACAACCCAAGCAGACAAUAAGAAAAGGCGGAAGCACUGCGAAAGUUGAGGGGCCAUUCUACUGCAUAUUUCAGCCUACUGGAGAGUGAUAUUUCGUGUCCAUCUGAACUGAAAAACCCCAAACUUCAACCAUGCCAAAAUCCGCAGUUAUUAAAAUAAGCAAGGAGAACGCCGUUAAGGUUGAAAACUUCCGCCAGUCCCUCUAUCAGCAGGCAGAGGACCUGUUUUCAAGUCGCAUUCCUCUGAAGAUAUGCCAGCUGGACAGAUUGCUGAAGGAGGCUGAGUUCAGCGUGUCGGACCUCUCCUCUCUCCGAGCCCCCCUGGAUAUCCCCAUCCCAGACCCCCCCGCCCCUGAAGACGAGGAAAUGGAGACCGACAGCAAGGAAGAGGAGGAUAAGAAAAAGAAACCUCCAGUGUGUGGCUACAUCCAGGGGAACGAGCAGAUCAUGGGCCUUCUGGACCGCGUGAAGCCGGAGGUCCGCACGCUCAAGGAGACCUGCAUCCUGGUCUCCUGCUGGAUUCAGCUCCUCAUUCCCAAAAUCGAGGACGGCAACGACUUCGGAGUCUCCAUCCAGGAGAAGAUCCUGGAGAGGAUAACGGCGGUGAAGACCAAGGUGGAGGGCUUCCAGACCAACAUCAACAAGUACUUCACAGAGAGAGGUGAUGCAGUAGCCAAGGCAUCCAAGGAGAGGCACGUGAUGGACUACCGCUCUUUGGUGCAUGAGAGGGACGAGGCGGUGUACUCAGAGAUCAGGGUCAUUCUCCUGGACCUCCGUGGUUUCUACGCUGAACUGUAUGACAUCAUCUAUAAGAACCAAGACAAGGUGACCAAUCCCAAGGGAGAAGAGAAGCCCUCUAUGUACUGAGAGCGAGAGAGAGCGAGAGAGAGCGAGAGAGAGCAAGAGAGAGCGAGAGAGAGAGAGAGAGAAAAGAAGAAGAAGAAGAAGAGUUCUUCACUUCACUGUAUCACACAGGUUUAUACAUUAAACAAGUAGAUGAAAAAAAACACACAGUCAUAGUGACUGGGUUUCUGUGCAGAAGGUCAUUCUGUAUCAGUAAAGCACAGCCUGGCAACCUG